AGUGGGAUUCCGGGCUCCGGCGAUGGGACUUCUGUAAUGAAUGCUUCGGGGAUAGGGCUUCUGGGACCCCAGCUGGAAGCGGACUCGGGACUUGGAUGUUGAGGUUUGCAGCUGCCCAGCAGGGUCGGAGUAGCUGUGAAGGUUGUGGGUGCUGGACCUCCGGACAUGAGCGUGGGUUUCAUCGGGGCAGGGCAACUGGCUUUUGCCCUAGCCAAGGGCUUCACAGCAGCAGGUGUUCUGGCUGCUCACAAGAUAAUGGCCAGCUCCCCGGAUAUGGACCAAUCCACGGUCUCUGCCCUCCGGAGGAUAGGGGUGAACCUGACAUCCCACAACAAAGAGACAGUGCACCACAGCGAUGUGCUCUUCCUGGCGGUGAAGCCACACAUCAUCCCCUUCAUCCUGGACGAGAUCGGUGCUAACAUUGAGGACAGGCACAUUGUGGUGUCCUGUGCGGCAGGUGUCACCAUCAGCUCCAUUGAAAAGAAGCUGACAGCGUUCCAGCCAGCUCCCAAAGUCAUCCGCUGUAUGACCAACACCCCAGUGGUGGUGAGGGAGGGUGUCACUGUGUAUGCCACAGGCACUCACGCUCAGGUGGAGGAUGGCAGGCUCGUGGAGCAGCUCAUGAGCAGUGUGGGCUUCUGUACCGAGGUGGAGGAAGAUCUCAUCGAUGCUGUCACCGGGCUCAGUGGCAGUGGCCCUGCCUAUGCUUUCACGGCCCUGGAUGCUCUUGCUGACGGUGGUGUGAAAAUGGGGCUUCCAAGGCGCCUGGCUGUCCGCCUGGGGGCCCAGGCCCUCCUGGGGGCAGCUAAGAUGCUUCUGGACUCAGAACAGCAUCCAGGCCAGCUCAAGGACAAUGUCUGCUCUCCCGGUGGGGCCACCAUCCAUGCUUUGCACGUCCUGGAGAGUGGGGGCUUCCGCUCCCUGCUUAUCAAUGCGGUGGAGGCCUCCUGCAUCCGCACGCGGGAGCUGCAGACCAUGGCUGACCAGGAAACUGUCUCCCCUGCUGCUAUCAAAAAGACUGUACUGGACAAGGUGAAGCUGGAGUCCUCUGCUGGGCCCUCUCUGUCUUCUUCUGGCCAUAUUAAGCCACUGCCCUUCAGCCAGGCCCCAGCAGGCAAGGAAUGAUUCACCUGCCCAAUCUCCUCCCUUCUCUACUUUCUUUGUUUCUUUUCUUUUCUUUGUUUUUUGA